AUGUCCUCCAACGACAACGACGAAGAGCCACAACAGAAGGGCCUCCUCUCCGCAAUAGGCGACCCCGUGGGCAAAGUCCUAGGCACCGGCCUUGCGCCCGUAGGCGGUCUCCUCAAGCCCGUCACCGCGCCCGCGACAGGCGCAGUCGGCAACAUCACGCGCCCAGUGCUAGGCCCUCUGGCGGGAGAACACAAGGAGAAGAUGGAGGUGAUUGGCGGGGACAACAAGGAUAGCUAUGCGCAUGGGAAGGAUAGUGUGGCCGGGGAGUUGCAGACGGCUGAUAAUCCGCUCGGGCUGGAGCAGACGGGGAAGUGGGGGUUUGAGGAGGAGAAGUGA